AUGCUGGCGGUGGAUCAUCCCCCUACGUCAGCGCUGGCGUCGACCGCAUUGGGCGCCGAAUCGAUCGCGCGCGCGUUGCCUGACCAGGUUCCCGAGAAUGCACCGGCGCACUGUCCCGGUACCGAGUCCGAGCAAGCUGGCAAGGCGGAUGCAUGUGCUGGCUGUCCGAACCAGGACGCGUGUGCUUCGGCACCCAAAGGCCCCGACCCUGAUCUGCCGUUGAUUCAACAGCGCAUGUCGCGCGUAAAGCACAAGAUCCUCAUCAUGUCCGGCAAGGGCGGUGUGGGCAAGAGCACGUUCACCGCGCAACUGGGCUGGGCAUUCAGCUCGCGCUUCUCCGCCAGCUACGACGAAGACCAAAAGCACGAGGGAGAAGAGGAGCAGGAGAAACAGGUGGCGAUUAUGGAUAUCGAUAUCUGUGGACCCUCGAUUCCAACCAUCCUGGGCUUGGCGGGUCAGAGCAUUCACUCGACCUCGCAGGGGUGGUCACCUGUGUACGUGUCGGAUAAUUUGUGUGCUAUGAGCAUUGGAUUCUUGUUGCCUUCGGCAUCGUCGGCGGUGAUUUGGAGAGGUCCCAAGAAGAACGGCCUCAUCAAGCAGUUUUUGAAAGAUGUCGAUUGGACCGCGGGGCUGGAGGACGAAGAUGCACCCACCGAUUCGGCAUUGAUCGACUACAUGCUCAUCGACACACCACCGGGUACAUCGGACGAACAUCUGUCCAUCGUAUCGUACCUCAAAGACUCGGGCAUCACCGGAGCAAUCUUGCUCACCACACCACAGGAGGUGUCGCUGCAGGAUGUGAGGAAGGAGAUCUCGUUCUGCCGCAAGAUGAACGUCCCCAUCCUCGGCGUGGUGGAAAAUAUGGCCGGAUUCGUCUGUCCCAGUUGCACAGGGUACAGCGAGAUCUUCUAUCCCAGCACUGGCGGCGCAAAAGCGCUGUGCGACGAACUUGGCCUCAGGUUCCUAGGGUCGAUUCCAUUGGAUCCACGCAUUGGAAAGAGCUGCGAUUUGGGCGUCAGCUUCACAGACGAGUAUCCAGAUAGUCCCGCCACCAAGGCGUACCUAGACGUGAUUGAAAACAUCCACAACCUCAUUGAAAAGUAG